AUGUGUGUGCUCAUGGGCGAACCCGCCAUCAGUGGUAUGUUGGAGUCUCUAAGCAGAGACCGGCAACAUGCUGCUAUCAACAAGUUCCUACAAGGGAUACUUGCCCUCGAACGACAGAAGAUAGCCUUGCUACAGCAGCAAGGCUCUCAUCAGUCGAUGGGCUGGCCGACGCACAUGCGUCGACCCGAAACCUUGAAGAUUGAUAUCUCAAGGUACAAGGGAACCGAUGAAUAUACCCUUUUGAGAUGGUUCGUCGAGUUAGACGAGGGUGACGAGAUGCAAGUCACCUUCACCCUGUCAAAUUUGACAGGAAGAUCAGAUACUUGGGCCUUAGGGCUCAAGCUUUACGACCCAAACGUGUUUGAGUCAUUGGAGAUCUUGAAGUCUCGGCUUAAAGAGACGUUUGAGCCGCCGAGAGCCGAUUUCAGAGCGCGCUUUGCACUCUUGAGGCUAAAGCAAGGUAAGCGUGACGUGCACGCUUACGCACAGCACCUGCGCUACCUUGCGAGUAGCUUUACGGAGAACAAUGUUGAUGAGCAUACGCUCAUCAACGUAUUCAUCUACGGCCUUGUAGGUGUACCGGUGAAGACCUACAUGUUCUGA